AUGCCCAAGGCAGAUAUCAACAAGGCUGGUUGGGAACAAAGUGAAUUCCCCAUUCUUUGUGAAACAUGUCUGGGACCUAACCCGUUCAUCCGAAUGUCGAAACAAGAGUUCGGUCGCUCGUGUGGCACAUGUGCUCGUCCAUUCACGGUUUUCCGAUGGAACCCAGGCUCCGGCGCACGGUACAAAACUACUGUGAUAUGUCAGACGUGCGCCAAAGUGAAAAAUGUCUGCCAAACGUGCCUUCUUGAUCUCGAGUACGGACUACCUACUCAAGUUCGAGACACCGCCCUUGCCAUUCAAAACGAAGCACCAACCAGUGACAUCAACCGGGAGUACUACGCGCAGAACAUGGAGAACAAGAUGGAGGACGGAAAUCAAUCCCUGAUGCAAGUCGGGACUCGGGCUACAUCUGCUGGGAAGGAAAUGCUGAAGCAGUUAGCUCGGACAAACCCAUACUAUAAGCGCAACCGCCCACACAUUUGCUCCUUCUUUGUAAAAGGAGAGUGUAACAGAGGAGACGAGUGCCCGUUCCGACAUGAAAAACCUGUUGAAAAUGCGCUUUCCCAACAAAAUAUUCAGGAUAGAUAUCAUGGUAACAAUGACCCAGUAGCACGAAAAAUAUUGGCCAAUCAUUCAGAGGCGCAAGGUCUGAAGCCACCAGAAGACGAGAAUGUUGUGAGUGAGGUUUCCCCUCUCUCUGGUGCUGUAUUUGAAGGUUUGGCACAACAGACCUCUCUAUUCCUUUCCUCUCUCCCUGCCUCUGCUACAGAACUCAGCAUACGGACUGAUGUCAUCAAUUCAUUACCUCAAAUACCUUCGUCACAGUUGCGGUCGGUCGUCCACGUCGCAAAAUCACGAUGUGCAUUCAUCAACUUCAAAGACCGAUAUUCUGCUGAGAGGGCAGCAGAAGCUUGGGCGAAUGGCCUGGACAUGGAUAGCGAACGAGUCCAUGUGAAGUGGGGAAGGAGCAAGGGUCCUUCCAAGUCGGCAACGCCUACCGCGGGACCAUCAGCAGUUCCUGCACCUGCGUGAGCCUUUUGUCCUUGCAGGAAGGAAUGCGUCCAUCAGAUGACAUGAACUGUGUCUGUAUCAUUCCAUUUUGCGAUCUUAUACUACUUUGACUAGGCUUGUUAUUAUUUACUCUAUUGUAGUUGGAGUGUAUGAUGUACAUUAUUCGUAUUGACUGCGAUCAAGCUGCAAUGAUGUACAUACGCAUACGUUGUGCAUACGUAUUGCAUUCGACAUUAGGCUAGCCUAGAGUGACAUUAGGUAAACAGAAUUGAACGAAUAAACAGAUGUGAUGUAAAACUAAUGAUCCUUAGUGAUUGUAGCUUUCAGCAUCCAACGACUUGUGAUGGAUCACAUCACCUCACAAGCAA